AUGUCUGAUAUUUAUUCUAAUAUAAAUUCCCAACUUCAUUCCAAUUAGAAUUUAUCUCUAUAUGCAAGACAAUAAAAAGAAGCAAGAAUAGAGCAUUCAAAGCUUACGCCUGAAGAAUAGAAAGAAAAAUUACUUCAAGUUUUUAAUAACCGACCACCUGUAUUUUCAGAUGAAGCCAAAGUACCUCCAAAAUAGAUUACAGCCACUCAAGGAUCUCAAAGAUAAAAAAUAUAAAUGGGAAUUAUUAAUCCAAUACACUAAUUUGAAGAUCCUAGAAUCAUUAAAAAUGAUGCUAAAUAAAAAGAGCAGGAAUGGUAUGCUUAAAGAAUGAAACAAAAGUAGAGACCUAAACCAGAGGAUCCAUUAAUUGAACCAUAAGCAGAUUUAGUUUUGUAGGCAAAUAAAAUUGAUUUAAAGUAUGUAUUUAUUUUAAAUUAAGACCUCCUCCUAUGUUAGAGAAAGAAAAACCAUUAAUGUAAGAUCAUUUAGCUAAUCCUUAUAUUUACAUAAAAAAGAUUUUCAAAAAAAAUUCAGUAGAAUCUUAGAUGAAACACCCAGAUAUAUGGGAUAAGAGUACUCAUGUUGAAUCUUUGAGAAUAAAUAAAGUUAUGAAAUAAGAGGGAAAGAAAAGACCAUAAUCUGCAAAAGUAAUUCAAUAGCAAUAAGUCCCAGUAUAAGAUAAAUAGAAGGAAAAAUUGAAUAAAAAAGAGAGAGAAGAAUUUUAUUUAAAAAAUCUAGUAAAUAGAAUGUAUAAUAUUAUAUUAGAAAAUGAAAGAAUUUCUAUUCAAAUUUUUUAAGACAAUUAAUCAUCUUCUAAAGGCCAGAAAAUAUAAUAAAAUUAUUUAUAAAGGAGAUCAAUAAAAUUAUGAUUUAAACACUUUAUUUAAUUUAUGGGCAGAACAUAAGAAAUUUAAUUUCAAAUCUAAUCCUGAAAAAUAUAGUAAGAAAAUUGAAUAUAAAUUUUAGUAACUAAGGAAUAAUUUGUGGACUUUUUAUUAUUAAUUGGAUUAGAUCCAGAUAGAUCUCAUGAGGCAGAAAGAUUUUUUGAUUAUUGUCAUGAUGAUGUUGUUAAGGCAUUUGGUAUUGCUUAAUAAGAAUAAAAUAUUUAAACUUAAUAAGACUCUAAAUGGUUUAGAUUAUUCAAGGAUUGA